UCAGCGCACACACCUUAAUCACCUGGGCAGGCAGCUCGGCUUCCCAGAAGAGGGUUGAGUCGCAGAGACGGAGGACAUAGUCGCACAGAGUCGGGACUCAGGCGCAGUGGGCGCGGCGGCACCAUGGAUAAGGAGGGCGCAUCCCCCUGGGAUAUGGGGCUGCUCAGGACCUUUGACUCCCGGGAGUUCUGCGGCUGGGAGAAAGUCGGCUCCGGGGGCUUCGGGCAGGUCUAUAAAGUCAAACACAUCUCCUGGAAAACUUGGCUGGCCAUCAAGUGCCCCCCCAGCCUUCAUGUGGAUGAGAAAGAGCGGAUAGAGCUGGUGGAAGAGGCCAAGAAGAUGGAGAUGGCCAAGUUCCGGUGCAUUUUACCAGUGUAUGGGAUCUGCAGUGACCCGGUGGGCUUAGUGAUGGAGUACAUGGAGACCGGCUCCUUGGAGAAGCUCUUGGCGUCAGAGUGCCUGCCUUGGGAUUUGCGCUUCAGGAUAAUCCACGAGACUGCGGUGGGCAUGAACUUCCUGCACUGCAUGAACCCGCCCCUCUUGCACCUUGACCUCAAGCCGGCCAACAUCCUACUGGAUGGCCAUUACCAUGUGAAGAUCUCGGACUUCGGAUUGGCCAAAUGGAACGGCUUGUCCAACUCCCACGAGCUCAGCCUGGACGGCAUCUGCGGCACCAUCGCUUACCUGCCCCCCGAGCGCUUUAAGGAGAAGAACCGCAGCUUCGACACCAAACACGACGUGUACAGCUUUGCCAUUGUGAUUUGGGGGAUCCUCGCUCAGCGCAAACCCUUCGCAGAGGAGAAAAACAUCCUCCAUAUCAUGGUGAAAGUAGGGGGUGGCCUACGGCCCGACUUAUCCCAGAUUCCAAGAGUCCGGCCCCAGCAAUGCCAAGGAAUGAUCCAGCUGAUGAAGGAGUGUUGGCAUGAUAAGCCGGACAAGAGGCCUACAUUUCAAGAAAUUACUUCUGAGACGGAACAUUUAUGUACAAAACAUGAAGAUGAGACCAGCUGUGUGCAAGCCCAAGAACUUCAUGGGAAGGGCACCCUGGAUGCGGAGGCAGAGAAUGUGGGUUCCCAGGCUGAGUGCAAACGAUCUCCAACUCCUGCUUUUGAUAAAGACUACAGCCUCUCCGAGUUACUGUCACAGUUGGAUUCUGGCAUCUCCCAGACGAUGGAAGGUCCAGGUUGUCUCAGCCACAGUGUCUCUGAGCCUCAGCUGGCUUCUAGUGACAAACGGCUUUCCGGGGUGUCUUCCGUGGACUCUGCAUUCUCAUCACGGGGAUCUUUGUCUCUUUCCUUUGAAAAGGACUGCUCCGUACUUGAUAUCAGUGCAAACGACAUCCAAAAGAAGAAGCUUAUUGAUGCCAUUGCGGGUGGCGACACUGCCAAGCUGAUGAAGAUUCUCCAGCCUCAGGACGUUGACUUGGUUUUGGAGGGACGAUCCAGUCUUCUUCACUUGGCCGUGGAGAAUGGGCAAGAAGAAUGCGCCAAACUCCUUCUGCUCUACAACGCCAGCCCUAACAUGACCAACCUGAAAGGCUCCACCCCGCUGCACAUCGCCGCUGAUAAAAAGCUGAAAAACAUUGUGGAGCUGCUUCUUGGGAAGAAGAUUAAUGUCAACGCCAAAGAUGAGGAUCACUUUACGGCUCUUCAUUUUUCUGCACAAAAUGGAGAUGAGUGCAUCACCAGGAUGCUUCUGGAAAAAAGUGCGUCCCUGAACGAGGUGGACAUCAAAGGCAGGACCCCCUUGCAUGUGGCGUGUCAGCACGGGCAGGAGAACAUUGUACGUGUGUUUCUCAGAAGGGAAGCUGACCUGACUUUCAAAGGGCAGGACAACUGGCUUGCUCUGCAUUACGCCGCGUGGCAGGGCCACUUAAACAUUGUCCGGCUUCUGGCAAAGCAACCUGGUGCCAAUAUUAACGCCCAGACGUCUGAUGGAAGAACCCCGUUGCAUCUUGCUGCCCAAAGAGGUCACUACAGAGUUGCCCGGAUUCUAGUGGACUUGCGCUGUGAUGUGAACAUUCCAAGUAUCCUGAUGAAGACCCCUCUUCACGUGGCGGCAGAAACUGGCCACACCAGCACGGCCAGGUUCCUUCUCAGCCGCGGUGCCAGCGUAAAUGCCGUAACUUCCGAAGGCUUUACUGCCCUGGAUCUAGCAAGCAACUUAGGCCACUACUCUGCAGUCAAGCUGCUGAUGGACGAACAGUCCAACGUUAAACUGAAAGACUCUACUGAAGAAGAUUCCUUCUCAUCCAUAGAAAGUGGCCGGUCCCUUUGAACAAAAGUGGAAAUAACUCUGUCUAUGAGGUCACUUUAUCAUUUCACUUCUGUUUUCAAACAAAGGUAACGCGGCGUAAAGAAUUAAGGGGCGCUCGUUUGACAUCCGUUGGCCCCGACUUGACCACCUUUAGAUGUUUUAAUACCACGGUGGCUUCUGUAAUGCUCCCCUGUCCAGGUGAAGCUCAGGAAAGUGACUGACUGCCUGUAGACAUUAUUCUUUUACUCAAAUUUUUUAAACUUUUUUUUUAAUUUCAACACUUGAGAAUGAUGUGACUAGACUGCUUGAAAAUAAUGCUCGAGUCUUCCCGCUAAAUGUGUUAAAGUGCCCUAGAGCUGACUGUGCUGACAGUUAGAGCUGGUGGUAACGUUCUGGCUGUUGCCCCUCGGUGGUGUAGACAAAAUAACAAAAAAAAAAAGAAGCCUCUUUGUGAUUGUGACGGAACCGGUCAACCUAACCUUUACUUGCCUCUAAUGCAGAACGGACUGUGGAAGUGUAGUCUUUUGUAUAUAGAGAUUGGACUUUAAUCCCACCAAGGGGAUAUCCAGAUUUGGUUGUAUCCAAAUGGUUGAGUAGUAUAGUCUGACUUUUAAAAAAAAAAAAAAAAAAAGUUAGGACACUGCUCCUAUAAUACAGAGGGAUGGAAAAGAGACAUAAGUGCUGUGCAUUUGAUAAACUCCGCCCCCGAGGUUCCACUGAAAAGACUACUUUGUACUUUUUUUUUUCUGAUAGGUUUUUUUUUGCCUUAACGUUUGGGGGCAUGAGCGCACAGGGAGUAUAAUACCCACAGCUUCAGAUUAUACUUUUAUUAUAUUUAGAUUAUAGUCCAUAGAAUGCUAUUAAAAAGGCUCAGAUGCCACCGUUCUGCCCUGAAUUAAAGUGCAGCUGAACCUCGUGGGCUGCUCAUUUAGCUCAUUGCUUAUAACUGUUAUUUACCCCCAAAAUUGUCCAGUUAGGACACUGCUCCUAUAAUACAGAGGGAUGGACAGGUCAGGAAAAGAAAAAUAAUAUUAAAGAAAAGUGCUGUGCAUUUGAUAAACUCCGCCCCCGAGGUUCCACUGAAAAGACUACUUUGUACUUUGUACUGGUUUUUUUGCCUUAACGUUUGGGGGCAUGAGCGCACAGGGAGUAAAAAUACCCGCAGCUUCAGAUUAUACUUUUAUUAUAUUUAGAUUAUAGUCCAUAGAAUGCUAUUAAAAAGGCUUUGAUGCCACCCAUAUGCCCUGAAUUAAAGUGCAUCUGAACCUCGUGGGCUCCUCCUUUAGUUCAUUGCUAAUUGCUGUUAUUUCCCCCCAAAAUUGUCCAGUUAGGACACUGCUCCUAUAAUACAUAGGGAUGGAAAGAGACAUAAUUUCUAAGAAAAGUGACAUUUGAUAAAACUCCGCCCCCGAGGUUCCACUGAAGCAACUAUUUUGUAUUUUUUGGGGGGCAUGAGCGUAUAGGGAGUAUAACACCCGCAGCUUCAGAUUUUACUCUUAUUAUAUGUAGAUUAUAAUCCAUAGAAUGCUAUUAAAAAGGCUCAGAUACAACCCACCUGCCCUGAAUUAAAGUGCAGCUGAACCUCGUAGGCUGCCCAGUUAGCUCAGUGCUUAUUGCUAUUAUUUCCCCCAA